GGGAAAAUGUCACGCCGUGGGAAAGGGAGGACCCGCAUUACGGAAAAUCUGGCUGAACCUCAAAGGCACCAAAAAUUUAAAAAUGGAAAAUGAACAAAAUUCCAGCAAAGCUAGCGCUCAUAAAUAAAGCGCGAGAUCUUAACAUCCACUUUCUAAUUUUUUGUUUCCAUUGUUCCGUUGCCAAAACCAGCUCAAAUCUUCCCAUUCUCUCUCUAACUUUUUUUUUCUUUACCGGCAAAAGAAUUAGUGACAGAAAUCCAGAUCUCUGUCAAUCUCUCCAACAGAAGCUCAAUGCAUUGGAUUCUUGGACGAAUUGUGGAGCCGUUUGAUUGAUGCUUUCUCUUUGAAAUUGGUGUCCAAUGGAGUCGUCUAUUUGGAGCAGCAGUGCCAAGCCAGAAGCGUGGCAUUUUCUCGUUGCGGUUUACUUCGCGCUCGGUUUCGUUGUCGCCAGGUUCUUCCUUGACAAAUUCAUUUUUCGCAGGUUGGCCAUCUGGUUGUUGAGUAAUGGAUCUGCUCCUUUGAAGAUGAAUGAGGCUACACUAGCAAAAUUUGUGAAAUGCUCGGAAUCAAUGUGGAAGCUAGCAUACUAUGCUACUGUUGAAACAUGUGUUCUCAAAAUCACCUACUAUGAGCCAUGGUUCAGAGAUACAAAAGGGUAUUUCAGGGGCUGGCCAGAUCAAGAGUUGAAGCUUCCCCUAAGCCUUUUCUACAUGUGCCAAUGUGGGUUCUACAUCUAUAGCAUUGCUGCACUCCUUACUUGGGAGACUCGAAGGAAGGAUUUUGCUGUGAUGAUGUCUCAUCACGUAAUUACCGUUAUCCUGAUUGGAUACUCAUACAUUACAAGCUUUUUCCGCAUUGGUUCAAUCAUACUUGCCCUACAUGAUGCAAGUGACGUGUUUUUGGAAGCGGCUAAAGUUUUUAAAUAUUCUGAGAGGGAGCUUGGUGCAAGUCUGUGCUUUGGAUUAUUUGCCAUCUCUUGGCUUUUGCUACGUCUAAUAUUCUUUCCAUUUUGGGUCAUCAAAAGUUCAAGGUUUUUAAUCAUUCUUCUGGGGGUACAGAUGAGGAAGUGGGAUAAUCAAGCAUGUCUUGAUCCCUUUUUGCUGUAUAAAUGCUAGGCAAAUUACUGAAUAUUGUUUUCUCCAGAUGAACUCAUGUUUUGGGAUUAGUCAACACUAGGGAAAUGAAUACAAGGGAUGAAGGGAAGUCAUGUUUUCCUCUGUUAGGCGGCUCGGUUGGGGCUGAAGCUAACCAGUCUAAUCAAUCACAAAAAUUUCCUGUCUUGGCAACUGCCCUUAUUGCUUCGAUGAAAUUUCUCCAACAAUGUGACAUCAUUCCAAGGAAGCAUUGCCCGUGUUUGAUGCUAGGUUGGAUCCAACCUUUCCUUUUUUGUGGAUACCUUCUCCACAUGAAAGGGCAUUCUUUUUAAUUUUUGGUUCAAAUUUGUUCUUUUGUUUUUUGGAUAAGGACAUGGAAUGUCACUAAAAAUUAAAUGCGUAACAUGGGUGUGGUGGUGGUGGAGGUGGAGGGAACAACUAUAAAUGGCCAUAGCUUUGAAUCAACCUUGUGGGAAGUGGGAUCUGGGCAGGCCGAUUAUCUCUUGUAAAGAGAUUUUUUUUUUUUUUGAUUUUUGGCUUUUGUUCUUU